AUGUCCUCCCUCGAUUAUCUGGACCUGUGUCGAUUAUGUCUUGUGAAGGACCGUGUUUCGGUGCCGAUUUUCGAGGGUGAGGGUGACGUACGACAAAUAUUUCUCAAGAUCGCCGCCUGCCUACCGGUCAAGGUUGCAAGAGAAGAUAAGUUACCCAAAAAAAUAUGCGAUGAUUGCGUGUAUAAAGUAGAAUUAUUUUAUCAAUUUUGGAAUACCACUGCAAACGCAGAAAAACAACUAUUACAAUGGCUGGGAGAAGUCAGUUUAGAAGACAAACAGGGUUAUGUUACCAAUGUUCUAAAUCCGAAUGUAAUGAAACAAGAACAGAAUUCAGAGAACAGGUUAGAUGGCAAUGUGAUGCAGCAAGUGGACGAGCAUCAAAACAAUAUGGGGAUGGGUAUGAUGGAUAACAUGGGUUUGGGUAUUCCUAUGAUAAUAUCCAAUGCUAAUCAACAACAAAUCACCUCAGUUCCUAUGGACACAAACAGUAAUACUGUACAAAAUGUUCAGGCAGUGCCUGGGCCAAGUUCACAAACUACACAUAACCAAAUACCACAGAAUCAGACAAGCUCUACACAACAAGAAGAUGAGGAUGAAAGUAGUGAAGACGAUGAAAAUUCGGAUGAAGAUUGCGAUGGAGAUGAAGGCCUACCUGUGAAAGAAGAAAGUGAGGAAGAUCCCAACAAUAGAACUAUAGAGCCUACAACUUUUGUAAAUGUUUCCCUGGCAUGUGAUGAAGCAGGUCCAUCAGGACUACAACAACAGAAAAUGUCAGACAUGCCUGAGAUGCCAAUUCCACAGCCAGCUGAUGGGGAUCCGAAAUCUGGGGAAGGAAGCGAGACAUUCGGCGGAUUGUCGGGGAUGCUACGUCAAAUACUUUCGCCAUCGCCCGAGACGGGAGAUACCGGUUUACCAGUCACUUAUACCUUGCUUCAGAACAACUCCAUGUUCUCCAAUCAAUCGUCGAUGAUGUCCUCGACAUAUCAAACCAUCCCAUCCCACCUGCCGUCCAUUUGUACCGAUCAGAUUCUCUUGGAUCAUGUGCAGAUCGUCACCGAGUCCUAUCCGUGUCCCACCUGUGGCCUCGAGUUUCGAAGCGCUCUGAAACUGAACUACCAUAUAAGAACGAGCCAUCCGGCAUUGCCAGAGUUUGAUCACAACAUAGAGAACCCGGUGAGAUACUCGUGCGCCAUUUGUUCGCGCAGUUUCUUCGCUCUGAGUCACUUGAGGAUGCACGAAGUGACACAUUCCGCGCCAGCAACUACCUCCUGCCCGCCGAUCCCGACGAUGUCGACGUCGGUGAACGUCGAGAAGACAUUCGCAUGCGAUCGUUGCCAAGCGAGUUUUCGGUAUCGUACGCUCCUCGAGCGGCACAGGAGAAUGCACGAGAUCGGCCAAGAAAAGCCCUACUCCUGUCCUAGAUGCUUGAUGCGUUUCGAGACGCGAAAUUUGUACAAUCAUCACGCGAAAACUCACAAGCCGGUCUUCGCCGGGAACGAUCGAAUAGCCGACACCGUAAUGUCUUCCGGUGAUCCGGUCACUAGCAGUAUUAGCGGUACCGUGGCGUCGUCGAACAAAUCGGCGGUAGUCUCGUAUCCGUGCGACUCGUGCUCGAAGCAAUUUGCGAGCAUCGAAUCGUUGACUACCCACAAAGCUGUACAUAGGUCCAGGCCGCUCGUGUGCGACGUAUGCGGCAAAGGUUUCACACAUCGCAAGUAUUACGUUGUGCAUCAACGUAUUCACACGGGAGAGAGGCCGUAUCUUUGUGCCAUGUGUGGGAAGUCGUUUACACAAGCAUCCACGCUUACCGUUCAUCGGCGAUAUCACACCGGAGAACGUCCUUAUAUGUGCACAUUAUAUUUUGUGUCAAAGCUUGAGCUCGCACCUCAGGAUCAACAAGAAUGCAGCCCGAACGAUGAGAUGUUCGAUCAGGGAGAUACAAAGCAGCUGCUCAUCACAAAUCGUUUGCACAUGCCGAGCGUGGAAAACGCGGAGAUAAUCAUCGCCGAUCGUAUCGUGCAGUGCAAUCUCUGUGGACAUGGUUUCGUUUCUGAAAAUGCUCUCGCUCUGCAUUUAAAAAUGCACGAACAGAAGAACGAGAUACAGUUGCAAGAUGAUCAGUUCGUUUGUGAGCACUGUGGUCGUAGUCUUGCGACGUCGUCCGAAUUUAAAGAACAUCAAUUAGAGCACAAAAUGGAUGAAAGUUACGCUUGCGAUACAUGCGACUACAUUACAGAACGCAGAGAGAAUCUAAUAGCGCAUGAGAAACGUCACAAUAUCGUCGAGUAUGAAUGCGAAAUCUGUGGUGCCAGUUUCGUUUCUUCCAAUAGCUACAUAGAGCAUCAAUCAAUACAUUCGGUUGAGAAACCGUUCCAAUGCGAGAUAUGUAGUGCUCCUUUUCGAUAUCGUCAAGGUUUGAGAUUGCAUGCGAAACUGCAUCAGCCUGACUAUGUACCACCGCAGAGGAAACAUCAUUGCCAGCUGUGUAACAAACGUUUUUCCAGAAAGCAAGUGCUACUGGUGCACAUGAAGACGCAUGGGAACAUGGGGCCCCAGAACGAAUAUAUUUGUCCAGUUUGUGGCAAAGCUGUCUCCAGUAAGACCUACUUGACCGUACAUUUGCGCAAGCAUACAGGAGAGAAACCGCACGUCUGCGAUCUCUGUGGUAAAGGGUUUAUCUCGCAGAACUAUCUGAGCGUGCAUCGGCGCACUCAUACAGGGGAAAAACCGCACAAGUGCACCCACUGCGAGAAACGGUUUACUCAGCGAACCACUCUGGUGGUGCACCUCAGAGGCCACACUGGAGAUCGGCCGUAUCCUUGCACCUGUUGUCAUAAAUCUUUUGCCUCGAAAACAAUGUUGAAUUCGCAUUUAAAGACACAUGCUAAACAGAGCGCGCGGCAGCAGCAGCAGCAGCAGCAGCAGCAAUUGCAGCAUGAACAAGAGAUUCAACAGGAACAGUCUCUCGAUACAAUAACGAUAUUGUUACCUAGUUAG